AUGGAGAAACCAUCAAGGAAGUUCUUCAACGCUUUCUCCAUCCAUCCAAGAAGCGUCAAUGGAUGGAUGGAGAAACCAAAGAACUUCUCUGGUGGCCUCCUCACCCACUCGUCCCUGGAGAUAUGGAUGGAGAAACCACUGAAGGUGGAGGAUGAGCUGCUCUACCCCUUCGGGUCAAGCGCAGGGGACAAGGCCACCCCCCGUGAAGACGACGGGAUGAGCCCCAAGAUCAUCCUCGAGGAGACCUUCUCCUUCUAUGGACAACCCCACCACUCCCUCUAUGUCAACAACAACGGGGUGGUGUCGUUUGGGACAGGAGUCCCCGAAUUCACCCCCCAGCCCUUCCCGCUGCCCGGCCACCGCCCCUUCGUGGCCCCAUACUGGGCUGACGUGGACACCAGACUGGGAGGAGAAGUCUUCUACCGGCAGAGCCGGGAGCCGGAGCUGCUGGCCCGCCUGGCUCGUGACCUUGUCCCCGCGGUGGCCCCCUCUGACCCAGCCCCCCGGCCCACCUGGGCCUUCGUGGCCACCUGGCAUCGCGUCUCCUUCUUCGGGGCCGCCUCCGACAAGGUGAACACCUUCCAGGCCGUGUUGGCCACCGAUGGGGCCACCUCCUUCGUCAUGUUCAACUACGGUGACAUCCAAUGGACCACGGGCAUCUCCAACGCCGGGGAUGCCCACACCGGCCUGGGGGGCAUCCCGGCCCAGGCUGGGUUCAACAGCGGGGACGACAUCCACUACUACAACAUCCCGGGCUCGCGCUCGCCGGCGGUGCUGCGCAUCGGCCACAAAAGCAACGUGGGGAUCCCGGGGCGCUGGCUCUUCCGCGUGGACGAGUUCACCGUCACCGAGGGACCCCCCAGCCCCUCACUGCCCCCCGACACCCCCCCGCCGCCAUCCCCCACCCCACGCACGACCACCGAGGAGAGGGUGUACAUCUGCGAGUGGUGA